CGUUUCAGGCUGUUGUCUGAGCGGAACCCGUUGUCUCCGCCUCUGCGCCUGGGACCGGAGCUUCAAGCGGAGCCGCCACUCAAAUACAGAGAGUCACAUUAAAGUCGGGCGAAUUCUAUCAGAAACUGCCCCCCCCCCCCCCUUUUUAAAAACAUUUUUUUACGGACUUUUAUUUUCCUCAGCUGCAAGUCGGAGAGUUUUCACAGGAAACAACGACGAGCCCGGAUUCCAAGUUCCUCUCCUCUCGCCCCUCGGCGCGUUCACAGGUGGAUUGCUCGUGUUGUUCCCCGGCAACGAGUCACUUCUCUGCCAUUGGUCGUGGAAGAAGAGUUAAUCACAACCAAGUUCCAGGCAUCUUGGAGCCAUGUUUGACAAGCAGCACUACGAUAGUCCGCCUGUUUACAGUCCUCCGUUCAGCGCCCCAUCCAACAACGGCUUUGGCCCCCCGGCCAGCUUCCAUGGGCCCCAGAGCGACUACAACGCGUAUCCACCUCCGCCGGGAUCUUACUACGUGGAGGAGAGACCGCAGCACUUCUACAAAUGGCUCUCGCCUCCCGGGAUCAUCAAGGCCAUGAUGGCGACGGUGAUCAUCCUGUGCGUGGCGAUAUUCGCCUGCGUGGCCUCCACUCUCAUGUGGGACAUGCAGUAUGGAUAUGGUAUGGGAAUGGGAUAUGGCUCCGGGAUGGGCUACGGCGGCGGAUACGGCGGCGGAUACGGCGGCGGCAGCUACGGCUCAGGGUAUGGAGGAUACGGGAGUUCCGGAGGCUACGGCGGCUACGGCGGCUACGGAAAUCAAUACGGCUCCUACAUCUCGCCUUACUCGGCCAAAACCGCCAUGAUCGCCAUGGCAGCCAUCAACUUCAUUGGAUCACUGGCAUUCUUCAUCGCCAGCUUCUCUAAAUCCAACAUGGUCCACAGCAGGAAGUUCUUUCUUGCCCUCCUGAUAAGCAGCAUCAUUAUGGCUGUCCUGCAGGGCAUCAUAAACAUCGUCUACAUUGUCGGUGUGAACCCCAUGGCCCAGGGCUCCUCCAGUAUGAUGUACAAUCCGAUGCUCAUGAUGUGCCAGAAUCUGUACCAGUCGGGCUACUCGCAGAUGGGCGGAGUGGGAGGCUUCCCCAUGUACAACCAGUACCUCUACCACUACUGCUUUGUCGACCCGCAGGAGGGAGUCGCCAUGGUGUGUGGAUUCCUGGCUGUAAUCGCUCUGGGUGUUGCAGCUUUCUUUGCGCACAAAACCAGAGGGAAGAUCUGGCGCUACGGGAAACCAAACAUCUACUGGGAGGAGCCUCUUGUCGGAGGGAAGGCCUCGGAGGGCCGAGAUGUGGAGGAAUGGGUGAACAAUGUGGAGGAAAGCCGCAGUGUUCAGGACGCCCCCACGCUGCUGGUGUCGGAGAAGGGAGGCGGGCUGCUCAACGCCUCAGUCAACAGUGUCAUCUCCUACCCCCCGGCCAAGGUGGACAGCAGCUCCUACAACGGGGACACCUACGACAACAACGAUUACUCGGAGCGGACCACCAGCCGACCCUCAGAGGUCUUCUCCCACGGCGGAGGCACCAGCUCCAGCCCCUCAGAGGAGAUGAGCGGAGGCCGCAAACCCUCCGCCAAACGGGGCAAGAGGCGCAGACGUAACCCGGAGCUGGACGAGUCUCAGUACGAGACGGAGUACACCACCGGAGGAGAGACGGGCAAUGAGCUCGACAUGGACGAGUGGGAGAGUGUGUACCCAGAGAUAACGUGUGACGUGCAGCGUCAUGACUAUAAGAGAGAGUUUGACUCCGACCUUAGGGAGUACAAGCACCUCUGUGCCGAGAUGGACGACAUCCACGACCGGUUGAACAAACUCAGCCGGCAGUUGGACACGAUGGACGACACCUCCACCAAAUACUUGGCUGUAGCAGAGGAAUAUAAUCACCUUAAGGAUCUGAAGCAGACAUCAGACUACAAGUCCAAGAAGAAGGAGUGUCGCAGGCUGAGACACAAGCUGUUCCACAUCAAGCGCAUGGUGAAGGACUACGACAAGAACCACUCGUGAACCCACUGAGUCCUGAAACUCCGCUCGGUGGUCCACACAGAACACAGUCACCGACAUGGGCCAAGACACACUCCACAAAACACUGACAGAGACUGUGUGACAUGCUGAAACCAAAGUUACCUUACAGCACAGACACACUGGAUACAGAGGGCCACAUUUAAACACACACACAAACACACACACAUACACGUGUACACACACACACACACACACAGGGAACAUUAUGCAUGAUGAUAAUAGUGAUCUAAACUUGUUGUUCAUUCCUUCUGAUCAGAAAUGUAUAAAUAACUUCUUGUUUUUUGGGAAGAAAAUGGAAGCAGGACCCUCCUCUGCAGCAAACACUGCCAUUUUUAAAAGGCCCUGCCCACUGUUUGCCGAGUUCGUUCACUUAAAAGGUUGUUUGAAAGUCACCUCACCCUCGCUCACCUGUGAUAACACUGUGGUUUGGUUUCUGUGGCUCUGUUUGCUCUCCAGAUUGGAAAUAUUUCUUUGUUUUAUCUCCACUGAUUAGCGGUGGAACAGUAUUGUAGGGAUCGACUAAUGGGCGAGGAUUGAUUGGCAUCAAACAUGCAGUUUCUUUUAACCCUUGACCUGGCGUUAGCUUCGUCCCCAGACGAGCUUUAGUUGUGCUUUUUGUCAUCUCCUGCGUCAGUGUUUGUAACUCACUUCAGUGUCAGCGACGGUAACCGCUCUCUGCCAUGUGUGUUUUUCUGAAACAAUAUAUUUAUACUGAUUGUCAUAAAUGCGACUGACACCAAAAAAGGGGGCAAACUGGCCAAUGAGAUGUGUGACAUAGUUGUAUAUACGUCUGAUGAAUCUAGUUCAUACCACAUACCAAGAACAACUUCACAGUAACUGUCUAUUAGAUUUAGCAGAUAUCUUAGCAUUUGUAAUGUUAUCUGUACAAACUCAAGACCCACAGUGGCGUGUUUUUUUUUUAAUCAGUUGUCAUUCAAAAUUUACUUGAGCUAUGCAAAAUGGUAAAAAAAAAAAAAAAACACUGUUAAAAUUGUUUAUCCUGUAUGUUCCUCAACGAACUGGAAACG